AUGGAAGAGGAGAAGCAAUACAGAAAAACGUCCAAAUGGCCCAGACCCAUGUUCUGGAUCAUCACGGUAGCUCUGGCCGUAGCGGGCAUCGGCUUGGGGGUGAUCAUUGGCUAUUUCACGGCACCGAGAAAUGCAGAGUGUACGGUACCAACGCCUGAUCCCAACACUGGUACGCCCCCCGUGAACGUCAUUGACCGAAUCAACGCUGAGAAUAUUGAAGAGAAUCUACGGUACUUCACUAAGGUUCCUCACAUUGCCGGCUCUCCAGCUGAGCGUUCCAACGCGGAGUACAUGCGGGACACGUGGAAAGAACAAGGACUAGACUCGGCUAAACUCGUUCCUUAUGAUGUACUUCUGUCUUACCCCGAUGACAACAAUCCAAACAAGGUGUCUAUCCUCGAAGAUGGUAAUGAGAUAUUCCACUCGCGACUGGAGGAGGCAAUGCUUAGACCUGGCGACGACCACCCUGAUGUCGUGCCGCCAUUUAAUGCAUAUUCAUAUCAAGGCGAACCAGAGGGCGACCUGGUGUAUGCUAAUUACGCUCGAGUGGAAGAUUUUGAAUACCUGGAGAAAAACCACCCUGACCUCAACUUGACUGGCACCAUCGUCAUUGCGCGCUAUGGAAAGAUAUUCCGAGGAAAUAAGGCUCUGAACGCGCAGGCUGCGGGUGCCAAGGGUCUGAUCCUGUACUCCGACCCGGCAGACUACGCCAUCGAUGACGGUGACAUCAAAGUGUACCCGGACGGAUGGUGGCUGCCCGAGACGGGAGCGCAGAGGGGGAAUACUUUCGUCAGUGACGCAAAGGGCGACCCUAUCACGCCUGGCUACCCAGCCAAACCGUUUGCCUUUCGCAUAGAAGACGAGGACACGGCCCUGCCCAAGAUUCCUGUCCAUCCCAUCGGCUACGGGGAUGCCCAACUGCUUCUAGGCAAGAUGACCGGUGCGGAGGUCAUUGAAUCCUGGAGGGGUCACCUACCUGUCACCUACCGCCUCGGCCCGGGCUUCACCAAUCCACAGAGGUUGGUACCCUGUUUCGCGUUUAGCUGA